AUGCUGCAUCUCCGUAAUGUGCUCCAGCUGACUCGGGGCUACGCCGCGCCCGUCCGUGGUCUGGCUGCCGCUGUGGCGGCCAGGUCGACCGUCUCAGAGCUGAGGGCCAAGCUGGUCGAGUCGGAGAGAAAGAUGGCGUCGCUAAAGCAUGCGAUGGCGCUGCAUCCGGAUCCGGCGCGGAAGCGGGUGGCAGUCCUCGGCGCAGGGCGGUCGUCCGGCCCACUCAUCCGCUACCUGUUGGAGCGGGCCGAGGACGAGCGGUGGUCCGUCCUGGUCGCCGACGCCAACGUCAAGCUGGCGGCGAGCAAGGCCGGCGAUCACCCUGCGGCUGCGGCGGUGGAACUCGACGUGGCCAACAAGGACGGCUUGACUGCGAUUCUGGACACUGCAGACGUGGUGGUCUCGAUGCUGCCUGCGUCAAUGCACGCACCGGUGAUCGAGAUGGCCAUCGGGUUGGGCAAGCCGGUGGUGACGGCGUCGUAUGCCACGCCCGAUGUGCGCCAGCAUGACGCGGCGGCAAAGGCGGCAGGUGUGCCGAUUGUCAUGGAGUGCGGCGUCGACCCAGGCAUCGACCACAUGUCCGCCAAGGCGCUCAUCGACGGCAUCCGCGACGCAGGCGGCGACGUCCGCGAGUUCCGGUCGUACACUGGCGGCCUGGUGGCGCCCGAGUCGACCACGGACAACCCUUGGAAGUACAAGCUCUCGUGGAAUCCACGAAACGUGGUUCUGGCCGGGCGCGGCGUCUCGACGUACCUGCAGGCAGGCGUGGUCAAGUUUAUUCCGUACAACAAGCUCUUCUCGCGGGCCAAGAACGUGGUUUUCCCCGACGGCACUACCUUUGAGGCGUACGCCAACCGCGACUCGCUGCAGUACAUCGACGCAUACGACCUGGCCUCGGCGUCGACCGUGCUCCGCGGCACGCUCCGCUGGCCGGGCUUUUGUGAGGCCUGGGAUGUCUUUGUCCAGCUUGGCCUAACUGACGACUCGUUUGCCAUGGAGGAUGCCGACCGCAUGACCUAUGCAGAGUUCCUCGCUUCGUUCCUCCCGUGGCGCCAGUCAGACUCGGUUGAGCUGCUCCUGGCGUACCAGCUGCAGCAGCCGAUGUUCUCGGCAGUGAUGGACAAGAUCCGCUGGCUGGGCCUCUUCUCCGACCGCCGCAUCAAUGCCAAGGGCUCGCCUGCCCGCAUUCUCGAACUCCUGCUGCAGCACAAGUGGCGCCUUCGUCCCGGCGAUCGCGACCUGAUCGGCAUGCUGCACAAGAUCGCGUACGUCGACGCCAACGGCGAGGCUCGCGAGAAGAUCUCCGCCCUCAAGAUCAAGGGCUCGGCUACCGACCCGGACAUGACCGCCAUGGCUACCACCGUCUCGCUCCCAGUCGCAAUUAUGACCAAGCGCAUUCUCAACGGCGAGACUUUUGGCCCGGGUGUCGUCAUCCCCACCGAGCGCAACAUCUACAAGCCCAUCCUCGCCGAGCUCGCCGACGACUUUGGCAUCUCGUUCGAAGACUCGGACAUUCCGCUCGUCGGCGGCAUCCACUCGGAUCACUUUCCCACCCUCGUCUCGCAGCCGGAGCCAUCCGCUGCCAUCGAGGGCUCUCUCUAG